AGAGAGAGAGAGAGAGAGAGACCCGCAGCUGCCUGUCCGAGCCACGCGUGUGUCUCUCUGUCUGUGUGUGUGUGUGUGUGUGCGUGAAUGCGUGCGUGGCUGCAGCCGAACCGUCCGGAGGUCUGAGAGGUGGGCGGAGACUAACGAGCCCGAGGUUCUCCCCGGUCCGCAGCGACGCACCGCGCAUUCCGGACUCCCGCACCCGUCCUGCAUCAUGGCCACCACAACUUGUACACGCUUCACAGAUGAAUACCAGCUGUACGAGGAGCUCGGCAAGGGGGCCUUUUCAGUGGUGCGCCGCUGUGUCAAACUCUGCACAGGCCAAGAGUACGCCGCCAAAAUCAUCAACACCAAAAAGCUCUCGGCUAGAGACCAUCAGAAGCUGGAGAGAGAAGCCAGGAUCUGCAGAUUGCUCAAGCACCCCAACAUCGUUCGUCUCCAUGACAGUAUCUCAGAGGAGGGCUUCCACUACCUCCUCUUUGACCUGGUGACAGGAGGGGAGCUGUUCGAGGACAUCGUGGCCAGAGAGUAUUACAGUGAAGCAGACGCCAGUCAUUGCAUCCAGCAGAUCCUGGAGGCCGUGCUCCACUGCCAUCAGAUGGGGGUGGUACACAGAGACCUCAAGCCAGAGAACCUGCUGCUGGCCAGCAAGUGUAAGAACGCAGCAGUGAAGCUGGCCGACUUUGGACUGGCUAUCGAGGUUCAAGGAGACCAGCAGGCUUGGUUUGGCUUUGCGGGGACUCCCGGCUACUUGUCCCCAGAGGUUCUGAGGAAGGAGGCGUAUGGUAAACCAGUAGACAUCUGGGCAUGUGGUGUGAUCCUCUAUAUUCUUCUGGUUGGAUACCCUCCGUUCUGGGACGAGGACCAGCACAAACUCUACCAGCAGAUCAAAGCCGGGGCGUACGACUUCCCGUCCCCAGAGUGGGACACGGUGACUCCGGAGGCUAAAAAUCUGAUCAACCAGAUGCUGACGAUCAACCCAGCCAAGAGAAUCACCGCCCAGGAGGCUCUGAAGCACCCAUGGGUCUGCCAACGCUCCACGGUGGCCUCCAUGAUGCACAGACAGGAGACGGUCGAGUGCCUGAAGAAGUUUAACGCCAGGAGGAAACUCAAGGGAGCCAUUCUGACCACCAUGCUCGUCUCCAGGAACUUCUCUGUCGGUCGGCAGACGACAGCCCCGGCCUCCGUCAGCGCCGUGGCAGGAACCACCGCCGGCAUCGUGGAGCAAGCAGCCAAGAGUCUCCUCAACAAGAAGGCUGAUGUCAAGCCCCAGACAAACAGCACGAGAAACAGCAUAGUCACCAGUCCCAAAGGCAACGUCCCCUCUGCUGCACUGGAGCCUCAGACUACUGUCAUCCAUAAUCCAGUAGAUGGGACCAAGGAAUCAUCUGACAGCAGCAACACCACUAUUGAGGACGAAGAUGUUAAAGCUCGUAAACAGGAGAUCAUAAAGAUCACGGAGCAGCUCAUCGAAGCUGUCAACAAUGGAGACUUCGAGGCCUACGCGAAGAUCUGCGACCCUGGUCUGACCUCGUUCGAGCCGGAGGGGCUGGGCAACCUGGUGGAGGGGAUGGACUUCCACAGAUUUUACUUUGACAAUCAUCCCUCUCUGCCAUCAGUCCUCUCCAAGAACAGCAAACCCAUCCACACCACCAUCCUCAACCCUCACGUGCACAUGAUCGGCGAGGACGCCGCCUGCAUCGCCUACAUCCGCCUGACGCAGUUCGUCGACGGGCAGGGCCGUCCCCGCUCCAGCCAAUCAGAAGAGACCAGAGUAUGGCACCGCAGGGAGAGCCGGUGGCAAAAUGUCCACUUCCACUGCUCGGGAGCUCCCGCUGCCCCGCUGCAGUGAUGAGGUACCUGACAGUGAUGAGGAGUCAGGGAGGAGCAGAGAAGGAGUAAGUGGAUAAUCAAAGAGAGCGUAUGGGCCCUGAGAGAGAGGUGGAGGUGGAUGGAGGGUGGAUUAAAGGAGUCUGAGGAGUCUUUCAGGAUCACGAUCCUCCUGCACUCUGCACACCCACCUCGCUCUUCUCUCUCUCCGUCUCUCUCUACAACCUCAAAACACAGACAGUCACACCGACGCUCCCAUCGCCAAAACCUACGCUACAGCAGAGGGCACGUCAGCCAAACAAAACAAAACAAAAAAAAAGCAAAAGGAAACUCUUUCGCCUGCGUCUUCGGUCGGCCUGUGUGUGGCUGCAGCUCUCCUGUCGAACAUUUUACCCUUUUACUUCUCCUCAAAUGUCAAAUUAUCGUUACUUACUUCUCGUAUUUAUUAUGGCUGCGGUCUGUUGUUGUGCUCUUUCAACUGUACAGUAUAUUUCUUAGUCAUUUCAAACCUUUUCCUUCUUCUUUUUUUAUUGACGAGCAUGACUCCUACCCGUGUUUCUUAUUACCAGUGGCUGUUAUUUUUCUGCACGACUAAAGGCUGCCUGUGUGAAACGAACAAGUACCGCCACGUGAUUCUCGCUUGAGAGACACACCGGUGGGCGUAUUUAAUUAUCCCUUUUUUUUUUUGUUUAGUCAUUCAGUGGAGCUUUUUUUUUUCCAGUUCUUUUUUUUUUUUUGUUCCCCCCCACCCUCUUUCUCUGGAGUGUUUUUGACCCUUGAACCGACGCCUCCGUGUUCUCUGGACCCGUCCGAGCCGCUCUGUGAGACAGUGAAAACCAUGCAGCAUGCUAACAUAUUACUGUUGUUCUUACUUGAUUCUCUAUGUACUGAACUUUGCAAGUUAACUACUGAAAUUAUGACAAUGGUUGAAAUUAUAGUAUGACGCUGUUUAUGUACAUUUCCAGUUUUCAUCGUGGUGACUUAACUACACUUAACGCUGUAGAUGGUGUUUAUUAAUUGCAUGAUAUUCCGAGUUAAUAACAUUGGUAAGUUGGGUGUUAUCGUGCAUUUUGUUGAUUUUUUUCUCUCUUUUUGGACUGAACUGUUGGUGAGCUAUAUUCUAUUGCCUCUAUUUUCUGGGCUUUGUAAGUGCAUAAACUAUUUUUGUGUUAAUAUAAUAGUGUAGUAUAAGAGGAUACCGGCGAGGGUUAUGACAGAAUAUGCCUUUUUAAAAGAAGUUGCUGGGAUCCAGAUCAGUUUUAGAAAAAAAAAUGGCUCUUCUAUUGUAUCAAAGACAAAAACCCGAGAAGCUAUUUAAUGUUUUAUUUUUCUAAAGAGGACCAGACUGAAGAAAAUGUCACAUCACAGUCUGAUUUGAGAUUAUUAAACAACGAUUAAACAAAUAUUGCAGAAAUAUAUAGCAGAUAUUUUACAGACCUAGACGAGGACGUUACAGGCAGGAUUUUAGACCCGACAUCAAAAAUCAUGUCUCAAAAUAUUUUUUAACUGUUUGGAUUUUAUUUAUUUAUAGUUAUGUUACACUGUCUGUAUAUUUAAUACCCCAACACAGAGGUCUCUGUACUGUUUUCAGCUUUAUGGUAAUGCACCGGCUUCUCCUCAAGAGGGCGCCAACAUCCAACAACAGAGAGUUUUUGUAUGCCGCUGCUCACUACAGGGUCUAAAGGCUAAAUAUUAUUAUUAACUUAUUUCUGAUUAAAGUGGUGUGACUGAGACUUCUUAACAUGAUGACCAAUGUGUGAGCAGAGAGAGGAAUUUGCAGUAUUUUACGAUUGCUUUGGUUCAGUUUCUAUAAUACAGAAUGAAGAUUUAUGACAAAAAACCUUAAAAUCUUGUUAUAAAACAGCCACAGCGGUCAUUUAAUCAGGAUUUUACACAUAAUAUGCAAUUUAUUCUACUUAAUGAAACAUGUUGUUUUACUGUAAAUACAGAGAAUGUAGUCUGGAGUCCAACUCUACACAUUUAUAUGAAUUAUUAUAUCUUUCUAAGUAUUAUAUUACUCAUUUAAAUGAAGUGGUGAUUGGGACUUCACUUCACUGCGUUUGGAUAUUUUUAUUCACAUCACCUGUUAGUGAUUAUAUUAUUUAAUUAUAUUUAUACAAUAUUAAAAUGUAUGAGAAGAUAUUAGGGUUAACAUGAAUGAAAGGCUUUUUAAAAUAUUUUAUAAUUAUUGAAAUGUGUAUUUUAUUCUAAGGGCUGAACAUGAAUUAGUGUCUUUUUUUCUUUUUUUUUUAGUACGAACAGCAUUUUUAUGUUGAAAGGUAAACGAGUCAGUUCAGCUGUUUUACAUGUUGAAAAGUGACCCAAAGCAAUCGUAAAAUACUGGAUUUAACUGACAAUUGUUUGUCACAAUGAAACCUGUAAUCGAGUCACACUGACAGACGUGAAAAAAAGCAAAUUAUCAUCGCACAAACUGAAAAUGAACACAUUAAUAUUCCAUAAAAUCCACAAAAGUCAUUGAAUUCUGCAAAAUAAAUGGGGGAAAAUGUGAUGGGAAAAUAAUACAGAUAUAGAUGUGUAAAUAAAUAGAUUUCAAAAUGGAUACAUUAAUACAAGUCAAUUAAAAAAUAAAUGGGAAAUUAAGUGUAUUUAUAAUCAACAAAGGUAAACUGAUCCAGAAGCAAUUAAAAGAUUUUUGUGAAUUAAUUAAUCCCUACAUUUAUUUUUAAGCUUAUUUCUGGAGCUUUGAAUGGCAUUUUAAUUCAUUUAUUAUGUUUUUUGUUUGUUUGUUUGUUUGUUUGUUUGUUUGUUUUAAAUUUGUGUUUGACUUUGGCAGCUUCUGUCCUCUGUACUCAGUAACUCAUUCAUAUCACUGAAUAAUCCCAGACAGAGCGUGAAGCCAGAAGUCCUCCUUCCUGCCCAAUCCUUACACUAAUAGUACCAGCACUUUAAUAGGUUUACUGGUCACUUAGAGUAAUUGUCCUGUUUGGCAAACAAUCCUUACUCCAUUAUUAAUUAUUGAUCCGGGAGCGUUAAGGCCACAACUCAAAGUGUUUGAAUUUCUUCAGAAGAGCCUCGUGAUCAGGAGAGAGACAGAAGGCUGCUGUGUGUAAAACAAAGCUUUUAUCAUUUCUUUUUUUAAAUUUCUUAUACUGAUAAUGAUGAUAAUGAUGAUGAUGAUAAUGAUGAUGAUGAUGAUUCCUCUGGUGUGCAAUCCAAGUCUUAUCAAUAUUUAAAAUGUGAUCAGAUGUAAUCAGUGUGUGAACCAAUAAAACGACAUUGCAGAGAGCG